AUGGCGUUAGAGUUUGAGAAGGCCCCACAACCCAUAGUAAAGGAAGAUGAGAGUACCACCCGGAUAUCGCAGGAGCCAAGAAUGUUUCAGCCUACCACAGAGGCACAAUACCGUCCCACACAAUCAUACGAUCCCUUAGAGAUUGACAAAAUCCUCACCCAGUCAGACCUGAAAUCUCACGUAAUGGAUUUGCAGUCGGAACUAGUGAAAGAAAUUUUGAAGUUGGUUGACGGGUCCGAUGACUCACACGUGUCCAACGACUCACAGAAAAAAGACAUAAAGCCAAGUAACUCUCUCGAAAAGGCACAUCAAGAAGACAUAGAGGCACGUGAAGAAGCCAGACAGGCACGUAAAAAAGCCAAACGGGCACGUAAAAAAGCCAAACGGGCACGUAAAGAAGCCAAACGGGCACGUGAAGAAGCCAAACGGGUACGUAAAGAAGCCAAACAGACAGACAAAGACAAACAGACACAUAAAGAAGACAAACAGACACAUAAAGAAGACAAACAGACAUGUAUAGAAGACAAACAGACACAUAAAGAAGACAAACAGACAUGUAAAGAAGACAAGCAGGAACAUAAAGAAGCCAAUCAGGCACGUAAAGAAGCCAAACGGGCAGGUAAUGAAGCUAAACAGAAAUGUAAAGAAGACAAACAGGAACAUAAAGAAACCAAUCAGGCACGUAAAGAAGCCAAACGGGCAGGUAAUGAAGCUAAACAGAAAUGUAAAGAAGACAAACAGGAACAUAAAGAAGCCAAUCAGGCACGUAAAGAAGCCAAUCAGGCCCGUAAAGAAGCCAGACAGGCACGUAAGAAAGCCAAACUGGCACGUGAAGAAGCCAAAUGGGCACGUGAAGCCAAACAGACAGACAAAGACAAACAGACACAUAAAGAAGACAAACAGACAUGUAAAGAAGACAAGCAGGAACAUAAAGAAGCCAAACAGGAACAUAAAGAAGCCAAACAGGAACAUAAAGAAGCCAAACAGACAGGUAAACCACGCGAGCACUCACGAUGCACCUUACAGUCGAAGCUGUUAAACUCACUUUUGAAGAAGGCCGGCUUGACCAACGAAGAACUCCGUGCAUUGGCCAGUGAGAAAAAAAUGUACUUAAAAAAACAGGUCACACGAAAGCUCGUCAGGUUUCUCAUUGGUGUAUAUUAUUAUAAUGUUCGCCAGAGGUAUUUUAAAAAGAAGAUCAGGUUUCGCUGGUUUAGGGAGCUGAUGUUCAACAAUAGGCUUCAACAAAACAUCGACUGGUGUGAUUGGAUAACCGCGGCCAGGUCUUCUGCAUGGUCCCAUCUAGUGAGGACCUACAACUGGAAAAAAUACGUUGAGUAUACCAAGACGAACCCUGAUCCUAGGAUACCAGAGUUCGAUGGGGACAGAAGGUUGACGCAGCCCAGGUUACCCUCGCCAGAUGACACAGCUCCUCCAGAACGCCCAAUCUACUGCAUGUACUACGGUUGCCAGGGAGCGUCGGGGAUGCUACCGGUGUUGGCCCUGGCACCAGAGAAAGGUUCGUCAGUGCUCGACCUCUGUGCUGCAGCUGGACACAACACCAUUCUUGCUGGGAUGUUUACGAAGAGGCAGGGUAUGGUGGUGAGUAACGUGCUAGUGAUGCAGGACGAAGCUGUCAUCCAGAACAACAUUCAUCGCCACUGUUUCCUAAACGCCAUCGUUGUUCGGAUUGAUCUUCAACAGCUUCCACAGGGAAUGCGAGAGUCGUUUGGAUAUGCCCUGGUGGACGCCCCUUCCUCGGGUACCGGGUGUGUCAGAAGUUUUGAGAGGGACGACUGGCCACAAAACGAUAUUGAGCAGGUUGAUGUCUGCGUCAAACUCCAGAAGGUCCUUAUUCUUGACGCUAUUGAUGCACUCCAGGUUGGUGGGUACCUCGUGUACUCCACAACCUCUGUAUUGGUCGAGGAGAACGAGGCUGUGGUGAGCUAUGCGCUGUCUGAGAGGAACGUCAUGCUGGUGCCCAUUGAUUUGCCAUUCGGUAAGGCUGGCUUGGUCACCCACCAGGAUUAUAGGUUUAGGGAAUCUAUGAAGAGCUGUAGAAGGAUCUAUUCUUUCCGUCACAACAUCCAGGGUAUAUUUCUCGCCAAAAUGAGGAAACUGAGCCCCGGAGAAUCACACUGA